AAAUUCUAUUAUCCUAAUGUCUCUGAACGAAGUCUGGGAGGCAGCAUCUGCAACUCCAUUCAUCCCUCUCAUUGCUAAGGACAGCCAAUUCUCUGUUGGCUUCAACUUGCUUCUCCUCGCAUUGGUUACGGGCACUCUAUUUGGCUUGAAUCGGUCUUUCCUCGGCAUCGUAUCCUUGGGUUUCCCAGCCGCACUCGCAUCUGGCUUUGGAGCUGUGUUUAUGAUCUGCGCCGCCGGAGUCUACGUCUAACCUGCC